CUCAAACAGAUGCCGAUGCCGAUGUCAACUGUUCCUUCCGUACAUGCUGAUGUGGACUUCCAUGUAAAAAGUAAUAAUAAUUAGGCAGCCGGACGAUAUGUCCACUUGAAACCUCCAAUUUCAAACUCUUUCCCAACAACGUUCCGUGUGUCGAGCCCUGAUUUUCGGACCACAACUACGGCAAUGAGCCCACCUGAGAAGCGGCGGGGAAAUUCCCAUACUUUACGCUCUUCAGCCUCAUCACGAAACAGUAUAAUUUCUCCUCCUCCACGUGCGCAGCUCACUCGCGCAGCUUCAACUUCGUCCUCUUCACACGGUCCGGACAACGACAGCGCUCACGAAGCUUCGACAUCAGGAAGCAAAGACAAUGGCGCAUCAUUGUCUGCUAAGGAGAAGGAGAGCAUCCUCCUCAAAGAAAAAGACGACAAGAUUGCGGAGUUGAAACGGGAACUUACCAUUAUGGAGUCAGAAUUCACCCUGGAAUUGGAAAAACUUUGCCAAAGGGAAGGCGAGACGGCAAGUUUUUGGCAGGCCAAGCAUUCAAGUCUAAACCAGCAAUUCGCACGAGCUGAAACGGAGCUGCAACUGUUGCGAGCCGAGGUUGACGUGAGGGAAGCUGAACGAGCUGAAUUGCGCGAGGGAUGGGAGGUCCUACGAAGGGAGCUAAAGGAACGCGACGACGAAAUACGGUCUUUAAAGGGCCAUAUCGCCGGCCUUAAACAGUGGGUCAGCACCAGCACCGCCAGGGGUCACCAAACGAGUGAUGAGGAGUUCGGAGACUCAAUGACAAAGUUGGGGAAUGGCUUGCAGAAUUGGGUUAUCGUGCAUUUCAGACGAGCGAAGCUUGAUUUCACCCACGUUGACGAGGCGAUCACCCACGACCUUGACGAACUCGUUCCCAUGUAUGAGGAGCUUGCAUCGUCGGCAAAGGUGCAUCUCUUGCAGAAUGUUAUUUCCAGCAUCCUGAUGGAGAGGAUCUUCAACGCCUACUUCGUUGGUGUUCCCAAAGAUCAGGCCGACCAAUUGGCUCAGGUUGAGAAGUAUCUUGCGUCACUCAGCUCAGUAGAAGCCGUGAACCAAUGGCGUGCCACAACACUCACCAUGCUCCGAAAGGAGGCCACUCGGCGGAUGCAGGAAGAAACUACACUAACGAUCGAAUCCGUAAUCUCUAAGGUCAAUCAUAUUCUAGAUGCGAUUACAGACGCCAACGCAACAGAUGCCCGGGAUCAUGCACUUCGUACUCUGGUACACGGCGCCGUCGAAUUAGCACGUCUCUUGGUAGUUCAAAAAGCUACAUUCAAAGUCUACAUGCCCAAGGUUAUCCCUCAUCAAAGAACCUUGUUCGAGGCAUCUACCAUGGAGGAUAUUGGAGCUGAAGAUGAAGAGAGCCUUUCAGGACGCGAGAUAUGUUGUGUAACUUUCCCUGGCAUCAUCAAAAAGGGAGACGAGAACGGCAGCCACCCGCAAUUUACGAACGUUGUGGCAAAAGCUAGGGUGCUCUGCACACCCGAAUGAAACGAACUACCUUACUAAGAAUGGACGAGAUAAAAUGGCGAUGACUUUAACAUUUUGAUCGAGAUAGCUCGAGAUAGCUCGAGUGGUCUGAGCAAGAUCUCACAUUUGGAUGUGGCGUCCCAUGUUUUACCAUACAAAGGACGCAACUUGAUAUCUGAAGAUCAAGUGUAUACUGCAGACACACAGACACACAGACACAGAUACGGGACGUAAAAGCAAGUAUCCAAUAGGUUGAAACAGAACCUCGAAUAAUCUAAGAGGUCGUGUACU